UGGACGUGACUCUGGAUCCAGACACGGCAAAUCCCAAACUCGUCCUGUCUGAGGAUCGGAAACGUCUGAGACUCGGAGACAAACGCCAGGAUCUGCCCAACAACCCUGACAGAUUUGAUCGUUGUCCCUGUGUCCUGGGCGCUGAGGGGUUUGCGGGCGGGAGGCGUUACUGGGAGGUGGAGGUGGGAGACAAGACAUGCUGGGCUCUGGGGGUUUGUAGGGAAUCUGUGAGCAGGAAGGGGUGGGUGAGACUCACACCUGGGAAUGGAUACUGGGUUGUUUGGCUGAGGGGUGGGGGAUACAAGGCUGGCACCUCCCCCAGGACCCCCCUCCCCGUGAGCGUCAGGCCCAGCCGGGUGGGGAUUUUCCUGGACUAUGAGGCGGGCGAGGUCUCAUUUUACAAUGUGACUGACAGGUCCCAUCUCUUCACUUUCACUGACACCUUCUCCCGGACGCUCCGCCCUUAUUUCUAUCCUGGUCUCAACGCUGGGGGUACAAACGCGGCUCCCCUGAUAAUCUGCCCGGUCCCAGCUCAGGCCAGAGGGAAUCUCUGUCCCUGACAGUGACCCCGCGGCACAGACUGUCCCCUCCCAGCGCUGCUGCUCUUCCCACCCCCAGUGGUUGGGGCCUGUUACUGCAGCAACUGGAGUUUUUGUGCUGACCGGACGCUGCCAGUUUCCCUGUUCAACUGGAGGUUCCAGUCGAAAAACAGACACCUGGGAACCCCCAGCCCUCACCUUCCCUGUCCCCUGCCCCAGGGGUAGCAGAUGGGGGUGGAUGGGGGACAUUUACCCCUGUCAGAAUUUUCUACCCCUGUGAAAGCUCAACGUAAAA